AGUUGAAUAUUGGAGAAACCUCUUCCAGCUCCUACUACUUUUCACUUCAUUCAUUCUUUGGUGUGUUUAGCAGUGCAGAAAUGGCCAAAGUUCAUGUAGUUAAUGUAUCAGUACUGGAGAAUCCCUCAACAUUUUUAAGCAAAUUUCAAUUCGAAAUCACAUUUGAAUGUGUUGAGGAUCUACAAGAAGAUUUGGAAUGGAAGAUAAUCUAUGUUGGCAGUGCUGAGAGUGAAGAGCAUGAUCAAGUGCUUGAUACAGUCUAUGUUGGACCUGUGCCAGAAGGGAGACAUCUAUUUGUUUUUGAGGCCGAUCCUCCCGAUGCUAGCAAAAUCCCACAGAGCGAGUUGGUGGGAGUGACAGUGGUGCUGGUGACAUGUUCUUAUAAAGGCCAGGAAUUUGUCAGGGUUGGAUAUUAUGUAAACAACGCCUACAGCGACCCUGAGAUGCAGGAAAACCCCCCUGAAGUCCCUAAACUUGACGCGGUUACACGUAACAUCCUGGCAUCACAACCUCGUGUGACCAAGUUCAAGAUCGACUGGGAUGACGCUAAGGACACUGAGAACAUCCCUCCAGCCAAUGAGAACACGUCAACGGACAAUGCGUCUCUCAACACCACCGCCACGACCGCCGGCAGCAGCACCAGCGCCAUGGACGCUAUUAAAGCAAGCUUAUUGGAGAGCAGCAACAGCGCCAGUGCAAUGGAAGUAGCCUGAAUUUAAUCUCAAUUGUGUCUAUUAUUGAUAUAAAAUACGCGGCAGAGUAAAAUAUAACACAUUAAUUAAAUUGACUUUAAUAAUAUCAUUCUGUGUAGUACCUAUUUUAUUUCGCUGUAUUAUUCGUAAAAAUGUUAUUUAAAAGCUUGGUUUUUCCAAAUUUGUCAUAGGUUGAUUGUAAUCAAUGUCCAUCACUUUCUUUUGGUCGUGGUAAUUCAGUGUAGUUCAUUUGAGAAAAGAAAGAAAUAGUUUUGCUCAAAUAAAGAAGCUGUUUGUACUAUGGAUGAAAGUUAUAAAUUCGAACUUGUUCAUGUCAUGCUUGUACCUGAUUAUGUUGGAAGAUUAAUUAAUCAUAACUUUCUAAAUUGUCUCGUCUCGAAUUCUCUUGAUGUUUUUUUCAUAUAAUGAAGAUAAAUUUUAUUUUCUCAUUAAAAUAAUUCUAAGUUCAAGCGUUGAUCAUAUUUGUGAAGGCAUUGUAUAAUGAACUGAAAAAGAUUUAAUUUGAAGUUUCAUCAAGUAAUUGCAAAUCAAGUAAAAAAUGUUUUUUUCUUUAGAUGUUAAAGUCGCUGUGCCACUGGUAAAUUUUGCUGCUGGUGGUGUCCUGGUGCCUGUUAAUUUUUUGAUAACAUAGGUUAAUUAUCUGCUAGUAAAGGAAAAAUGUACAAGUGGUUUCUCUGUAAUGGAAUGUCAACUUUUUCUUUGAUUUAGUUCGGUACGAUUUUCUCUCUAAGCUUCAAAUGAAUGGCAAAGUUAUUUUGGUUUUCACGAGCUCGAGCGGAGUUAUCGUUUUCUUACAUUCAGUGAAACGUUCUUUGUAACCGUAAUGUUACUGCUUUUACACUUGAAAUUCCAUUUCAUGCCUUGAAAGCAAUUUUUAUUCGUGCCUCUUAAUUGAAAAGAUCUAUCCUCGGGAAAAAUGAAGUGAUUUAGCUUUUUGUCCAAAAAUUAUUGGAACCACAUACCAAUGCUUAAGCAUAUUAGCUUAAGAAAUACGCAUCCUUAUUGCAUUUUGGGAAUAGGUCGGCAAUGAGUUGCGUUGUAGUUUCUCAGCCCCAGUUUUCUUGUUCUUCGCGCAGUUGAAGUACACGUUCGAUGUGAUCACUUGCAUCGUAAAUGUUAGUGUCAGUUUUGCAGUUAAAUAAACUAUUUUAUACGCAG